GUUAGAUUAGUAUAUUACUCUCAUAACUGAUUACUUUGGACAGAUCUCGUGUCUGGUCUCAUCAUAGUUACUGAAGACAAAGACAGUGAAGCAUAGUUUUCUUUGUAAAGAAAAUGAGACACAACCCAGCUUAGUGACAGAAAUACAACAAAAUAAUGGCAGAGUUGGAAAAUUUAAAAACUACACUGAAGAACAUCUCGUCAUCUCUUCAUAGACUGCAAAGGAUUGUAGAGUGUCCAGUGUGUCUGGACACAAUCCAAAUUCCAUUUAAGACAUGCAGCAGAGGCCAUGGGGUUUGCAACUGCUGCUGCGAGAAGUUAAAUGACUGCCCGAUUUGCGAAGGUCCGUUAACAACAGAGAAUCCUGUGUGUUUAAAAAACAUUCUGGAAGCCAUACCUCGUCAGUGCAAGUACCAUGGAGAUGGUUGCCUAGACAUUCUGCAGCCCGGGAGUGACCAUGAAGAAUUUUGUGGUUUCAGACCUGUACAGUGUAGGCAAACCGAUUGCAACACUGUGAUUUCUUUGAUCAAACUGGUGGAUCACUAUGAGAAAGAGCAUUGUCGCUUACUCUAUAGGUAUAAAGCAAAUUCAUCUUAUACUUGGGUUUGGCGACAGUUUGAUCCUGAGGAUUACGAAAUUGGUUAUUUACUUAUCUCUGUGUUUGACAAUAUAUUCUGGGUUACAUAUAGUUUAAGUCAGAACAAUUUUGAACUUACUUUUGAAGCAACUCCAAUUGGGAAGUUGAAAAAUGAAUAUUUUGUCAGAUUCAAGUUUGAAAAAGGUGAGUUUGUAGAUGUGUCUACAUUAAAGGCUUCUGUGGUGAAAUGUUGUAAUAAUGGAGAGAAAAGUAUCGCAGAUGAUGGAAAUAAUUGCAUGAGGAUUCCACAUAGCACCUUAUAUAAGCUUAUUGAUGAAGGAAAUCUUGAAUGUGAGUUUACAUUUUUUGAAUGCCCAAAGUAAAAUCUCCUUACGUACAUGAAAUUUUGUUCAAAUUGUGUUCCAUAAGUUUUGUGUGUGAAAUGAAGCUUUGACAUUUCAUGGUUUCCCACUAAGCUUGGUAGAAGACCAGCCUCUUUUCAAUCAGGAUAUAACUUGAACAAUCUAUUAUGUUAUGUAUUUGAUUAGAUUUUUAAGGGUGUGGUUUGAAUGUUAACCUUCUUCGUGAACAGGCAAUAGGUAUGCUGUCAUUGUGGAGUAUGAAAUAGUAAGGUGCAUUAAGCAAAAAAAUGUUCUAACCUCUAAAAACUGUUCAAUAUAGUAUUGUAUGGUAUUGUAUUUGUACAUUACACCAUUUGGGCAUCAGGUUUGGGGUGAGGGUGGUUUGUAUUUGAAAAAUAUGUAGGUUUUUUUGUUUUUAUGGUAUAAUUUCAUAACUAAGCGGUUUAACACUAAACACACUAUUUAAUCAAUAAUCUAGCGGUUUACAAAAACAAUCUAUGGAUGAAUUUAUCGUUAUCAAUAAUAAUUAUCAAGAUAUUAUUUCAUAAAAAAAACCAAUGCACAAAAUGGUGUAACUUUUUUACCAUACAAUACAGUGAACUAUAGUGAACAGUUGGAGUCAAAAGUUAGUUUUCACUUUGGAUUUUGAGGUUAAGGUGUAAUUGUACCAUAGGCUACUAAUAUCAAAGAGAAAACAAAUUACUAUUAUGAUAUGACUCUACUGUGUAAAAAUAUAAAAUGGAAGAAGUGUCCUUUACAGUGCCUUAACUAAAUGGAUUUGUAGUUUUGUGAAGAUUCACCUGAUGGUGGUAUAGGCAGGAGUGUUGCUGAAGGUCUAAGUCCCGGAAGGUCUAAUUAGACCUUCGACACACAUUUUGCAGUUUGUACUUGUU